CUCUUCUUUCUCUUCUUCUACAGAGAUGUUGAAGGAGUUGAACCAGCAGCGGCGAGAGAAAGAGUUUACAGACCUGAAAAUAAUUGUUGAAGGCAAAGAGUUUGAAGUCCAUCAAAAUGUUCUAGCUUCCUGCAGCUUGUAUUUCAAGGACAUGGUGAAAAGGUUAUCGGGAGAGAACAGAAACGGUGAGAAGAUGCAGCUGACGAUGAGCAACAUCAGUUCAGAUGUUCUGGAGCUUCUCCUCGAGUUUGUUUACACCGCCCUCAUUAUCGACUCGGCCAACGCCAAGACCUUACUGGGCGCCAACAAGUUCCAGUUCAGCACUUUCUGCAAAGUCUGCGUCUCCUUCCUCGAGAAACAGCUGACGGCUGCUAACUGUCUGGGAGUGCUGGCCAUGGCCGAGGCGAUGCAGUGCACCGAACUACACAACAUGGCAAAGGCCUUCGCCCUGCAGAACUUCCCCGACGUGGCCGGCCAGGACGAGAUCCUCAACAUUUCCAAAGAAGACCUGGUCAGUUACAUGUCCAACGACAGCCUGAACACGAAAGCGGAGGAGCUGGUCUACGAGACGGUCAUCAAAUGGAUCAAGAAGGACCCCGGCAGCCGAGUGCAGCAUGUGUCUGAGCUGUUGGCGGUGGUACGGCUUCCGUUCAUCCAUCCCAGCUACCUGCUGAACGUGGUGGACAACGAGGAGCUGAUAAAAUCUUCAGAGGCCUGCAGGGACCUGGUGAACGAAGCCAAGCGCUACCACAUGCUGCCGCACGCCCGCCAAGAGAUGCAGACGCCCAGAACCCGCCCGCGACUGUCUGCCGGUGUCGCCGAGGUGAUCGUGCUGGUGGGUGGGCGCCAGGUCAUCGGCAUGAACCAGCGCUCGCUGACAGCCGUCACUUGCUUCAACCCUCAGAACAACAAGUGGUACCCCCUGGCCAGCCUGCCUUUCUACAACCGCGAGUUCUUCUCCGUCAUAUCCGCGGGGGAUAAUAUCUACCUGUCAGGAGGCAUCGAGUCUGGAGUCACGCUGGCAGACGUGUGGUGCUACAUGUCCCUGCUGGAUAAUUGGAAUCUGGUGUCUCGGAUGACGGUCCCGCGGUGCCGGCACAACAGCGUGGUGUACGACGGCAAGCUCUACACCAUCGGAGGACUCGGAGUGGCCGGGAACCUGGAUAACGUGGAGAGGUACGACACCAUCACUAACCAGUGGGAGAUGGUGGCUCCUCUGCCCAAACCCGUGCAUUCAGCGGCGGCCACCGUGUGUGGAGGGAAGAUCUAUGUGUUUGGAGGGGUGAACGAUGCCGGACGCUCUGCCGGAGUACUUCAGUCAUAUGUGCCUCAAACCAACGCCUGGAGCUUCAUUGAGUCGCCCAUGAUCGAUAACAAAUACGCCCCUGCUGUGACUCUGAACGGCUAUGUCUUCAUCCUGGGAGGAGCUUACGCCAGAGCCACCACCAUCUACGACCCUGAGAAGGGAAACAUCAAAGCAGGACCCAACAUGAACCACUCCAGACAGUUCUGCAGCGCGGUGGUCCUGGACGGGAAGAUCUACGUGACGGGCGGCAUCGUGAGCAGCGAGGGUCCGGCGCUGGGAACCAUGGAGGCCUUUGACCCCUGUGCGAACGCAUGGACGCUGCAGCAGAGCAUGCCCUGCCCGCUCUUCAGACACGGCUGCGUGGUUAUCAAGAAGUACAUUCAGAGCGGCUGACGCUGACGCAGACGAACACGACUCCUGCCCGCCGGACACCCACCCACCCACCCACCCACCAGGAUUAGCAGUGCUGAUACCCAAGCCUCGCUCACUUUCUGACACCCGCUGGGAAUGUAGACGCAAACGGGGCCGUCGUGUAAUAUAGCGCACCCGGCAGAGCUGUCCUUGAUGUGUGUCGUGGCUCUAGCCUUAAUGCUCUGCGGCCAUUCGGAUUGAACGUUUUUUACACGAUUCUUGGUUUGCAGAAUUCACUAGGUUUCUUUUGCAUAACUUUCGUCCUUCUUUCUUUUAAAUACUGUAUAAUCACGGCGUCGUGUGACGGUUCACUCGGUCGUAUCGCUAUUUCAUUAUCUUCGUUCGAAAGCACUUUUUAAUAACGUAAGGGGAGGCGUAGUUGUCGAACAAGCACCGAAACCUCAUGUGACCUAAGCUCCGCCUCCCUUAGUCACUGUUGCUCACUCAGACAAGCACGUCCCUGCGGAUUCCGGGGCGCAAUUGUUAGCAAAACGAGCUGGUGAAGUGGUAAAAUGGAUUGGAUGUUAUUUGUACGUGGGCUGGAAUGAAGCGUGACAUUGCAGAGGGUCUUUUAUCUGCCGUUUUGGAUCCGAAUCUGAUAAAUUGCGCGGUAACGUGAUUAAAAACGGCAGAGACUGUGAACAGAGGCUGCCAAAUGCUUCUCGCAGUCACUGAAAAGAGAAAAGCAAUCACAGCUGAUCACAUUAGUGUAAGUGAACACAGCAACAGAUACUAUAUCAUCUGAAUUAAUAUGCACAGAAAAUGACAUGCACUGCAAAAAAAAUGUUCUUAGGAAGCAUUUUGCCUCGUUUUCCAGUGCAAACAUCUAAACAUUUAUUCAUGCAUUUACUUUGCCAGGAAAAUGACAAAAAAUGUAUCAAAAUGAAGUGAGCGUAUGCAUAAAACAAGUCUGAAAAAUAAACUUAAUAAACUUAAUUCCCUUAAAGAUAAUUUUUUUUUACCGUUUCAGUCAAAAACUUUGAGACUUUUUUUGGAAAACAAAAUAUAUUAUGUCUUUUUAAAUCUAAGAAUAUUUACAUGUACUAGAAAUAAGUCAAAAUACCAAUAAAUAAAUGCAUUUAUUUAUUUAUUUAAUGAAUAAAUCAUCUUUUCCAGUUAAAAUAUCUACAAAUCUUCGAAACCAAAUACGUUUACUAGGAAAGCAACACUUGAAUAAGUUAUUAGCGCUUCUUUAUAGAGGUUGCAUCUUUAUUAUGAGCGUAUUUCGUCUUGUUCCACUGCAUAUUUUUUCACUUGUUUUAUGUGUAAACAAGUUAAAAACAAAUGAAAAAAUCUGCCAGUGCAGUAAAACAGAUUACUCAUACAUUAAAGAUAGAACCUAUGAAAAAAAAUAUCUUGUGCAAUAUCUUAUGCGGUGUUGCUUCUCAAGUAGAUUUGUCUCGUACAGGAUUUUAGAUAUUUUUAGACUUUUACCCAAGUCAGAAAUACUAAUCAAUAUCUAAGUUAUUUUUGGCAAUUUUGGCUGACAUCUUACAUGUUAAUCUGGGAACGAGGGCGACCGUUUAAUUUAUUACUCAAGGUUUAUUUAAAGAUUUGAAUCAUUCAGACCCACAGAGUUACUCUAUAGACUUACAUUAGAAAGGAGCAGGAGCUUGUCUGAUAAUAGAGUACAUGGCAACAGUUGCCAAGGUAGGACUGGCAAGUGGUCAAUUAUAAUCAGGCCUGGACAGAAUGUGUUUUUUGGAAGUCAACAUCUAAUCAAAUUUGACUCUGUUUGUUUUUGAUGGUGAAUGAUUCACUUUUGCGCGUUAUUCACGCGAGCGAACUGGAAUGACUUGCAAAGACCUUUGAAGCUACUUUUAUACUGGAUUCGUUUAUUUUUUAAUCGGUGCCCUUCUUUUGAAAUAAAUAAAUAAAACAAUUUUUCAAAAUAUAAGGACUCGUUUUCAUCUCGAGUUAAGUCGAUUUUUCAGUCCCCCCAUGUAGUUUCAUCCAGUUUUAAGCAAAGAUCCCAUUUAAUUGAGUGAGGUUUAUGCUUAAAACAAGAAAAAACAAAAAGCGACUGGGAGAGAAAAUGAAACUUAAUGCAAGAUGUAUUCAGUGCAAGCAAACCCUUUAUUUCAACCACCUGCCUCUAUUUUACACCAUCCCGUCAAUUUUGCUGAUAGAUACAAUCGAGGCUAUAUAUGUAUUUGACUUUGACUUUAAAAACCGAGGCAGAUUCUGUCUGAGCUUGAUUAUAACAUCCAUCUGCACAAACUCCACAUCUGGUAGCUUUAUUAUAAGAUAUGGAUCAAACAUAAGAGGGUGUGUUUAUGUAUGAAGACCUUCCUUGAACAGGAACUGAUGGCGUUUGAGUCUCUCCAUCCACAGUAAGACCUUUACUUUGGGGCAUCUUGAACCGGAAGAUGAAGGAGGGCUUUAGUGCCUCGAAACUGGACUGAAACGGGAUUUCUAGCUUGAUUUUAUUUUCUUUUUUUGGACCGUUUCACUCUUUUCUUGCACGCAGCCAAAGCACAAAACAUCUCAGACUCAGAGAGCGAACAGGAAGCGUUUGCCUUCAUUUCCUCUGCAUCGAAGACGGCGGGACACGCUUCCCGACAGGGAGGACUAUUCUCUGUACACGAAAGUAACUAAAGUCUAUUUUAGGACCUUUACAUGUCAGCAGACUGUUUCUAGACAAAAUGUAAAUAUAGUAUGUUGAAGAAAUGUUAUGUACAAACACAAGCUGUUAUUGUUUGAAUUAAUGUUUCAUCAUUAAUUAGGACAAUAACUUGUAUGCAAAAUACAAUGUACAUUCAUAAUGAAAGGA